AUGGAACAAAUAGAACCACUUAGUGUGGGUUUAGGACAUUUACAUUUUCCUAAUGGAUGGAGUUUACUAAGUAAUCUUCCUGUAUUGUACUUGACGAGAAAUUAUACGUCUACUUCCACGUCUAAAUCAUUUAAUGAUGACACUAUUUCUUUAUUAAAGAAAAAUCAUACGGAAGUUUCUCAAUUAUGGUAUGGAUGUAAUAGUAUUGGAGAAAAUUGGGGUCCAGUAUCUUCAACUUAUAAUGAUUUAACUCCAUGCUUUUUACAAGGUAUACUAUUUGGAUUAUCAGCUAUAUUAAUGAUUACUGUUGGUACUUAUCAAAUUAUUCAUUUAAGAAAUAAAAAAGUAUCUAUUAGUAAUAGAAAAUCUUGGUCAUUUUAUGUUAAAUUAUUAUUAGUUAGUAUACAAUUGAUAUUUCAAAUUAUCCUUUUCAGUAUUCAUUCCAAUGAUGGAAUUAUUAAAACUUCUUUAGCAACUAAUAUAUUGGCUACUACCAUUGCAUUAGGUAUUCAUUAUAUUGAACAAUAUAAAGCAACUAUUCCUAAUGGAGUGUUAUUAUUCUAUUGGUUAUUUCAAGUUAUCCUUAAUCUUGGAAGAAUAGUUAAUCUUAAUUUAAGAAAUGGUCUUGAAUCUCAAUUUGGUACGUUUGUUAUAUUAUCAACCGUUAAUGCUUUCUUCAUAUUAGUAAUUGAAAUUACUUUACCUAUGAAACCAAUCUAUGUUAGUCUUGUUAAAACUUCUCCUUAUGAUCUGGCUAAUGUAUUCUCUAGAAUUACUUUUGAUUGGAUGGGAGGUUUAAUGAAAAAGGGAUAUAUUCAAUAUUUAACUGAAAGGGAUUUACCUCCAUUACCUAAAGAAUUAAAGGCCACUGCGUCUUCAGAAGAGUUUUAUAAGUAUUGGACUAAUCAAGUGAAUCCUUCAUUAUUCUUUGCUAUUGCUAAAGCCUUUGGAGCUCAAUUCAUGUUAGGAGGAGUGUUUAAAGGAUUACAAGAUGCAUUGGCGUUUGUUCAACCUCAAUUAUUAAGAUUAUUAAUUAAGUUUGUUAAUGAUUAUUCUGAAUCAGUCAAACAAGGUGAACCUAUUCCAUUAACCAGAGGGUUUUUAAUUGCUGUGUCAAUGUUUAUUGUUUCAGUAGUACAAACUGCUUGUUUACAUCAAUAUUUCCAACGUGCCUUUGAUUUAGGAAUGAAAAUUAAAUCUUCUUUAACGGCAGUUAUUUAUAAUAAAGCCUUAGUAUUAUCUAAUGAAACUAAACAAGAAUCAACUACAGGAGAUAUUGUUAAUUUAAUGUCAGUAGAUGUUCAAAGAUUACAAGAUUUAGUUCAAAAUUUACAAAUCAUUUGGUCGGGACCUUUCCAAAUCUUUUUAUGUUUAUAUUCUUUACAUGGAUUAAUUGGUAAUUCCAUGUGGGCUGGAGUAUUAAUUAUGAUAAUUAUGAUUCCAUUAAAUGCCGUAAUUGCAAGAUAUCAAAAGAAAUUACAAAAGACUCAAAUGAAGAAUAAAGAUGAAAGAUCCAGAUUAAUUAGUGAGAUUUUAAAUAACAUUAAAUCAUUGAAAUUGUAUGGUUGGGAACAUCCAUAUUUGGAUAGAUUAAAUCAUGUAAGAAAUGAAAAGGAAUUAAAGAAUUUAAAGAGAAUGGGGAUCUUUAGUGCCUUUAGUAAUUUCACUUGGUCUUUGGCUCCAUUCUUAGUGUCUUGUUCAACUUUUGCCUUAUUUGUAUUGACUCAAAAGGAUAAGAGUUUAUCAACUGAUUUAGUAUUUCCUGCCUUAUCAUUAUUUAAUCUUUUAUCUUUCCCAUUGGCUGUGGUUCCAAUGGUUAUAACUAAUAUUGUAGAGGCUCAAGUAGCCAUUACUCGAUUAACUAAUUUCUUAUCGGGUGCUGAAUUACAAAGAGAUGCUGUCAUUAAAGCUCCAAGAGCUUCUAAAGUAGGAGAUGUAGCAGUUGAAAUUAAAAAUGGAACUUUCUUAUGGUCCAAAGCUAAAGGUGAACAGAACUAUAAAGUGGCUCUUUCUAAUAUCAAUUUAACUGCCAAAAAGGGUCAUUUGGAUUGUAUUGUUGGUAAAGUAGGAUCGGGUAAAUCGUCUAUAGUUCAAGCCAUCUUAGGAGAUUUAUAUAAAUUGGAUGGGGAAGUCACGUUACACGGCAAGAUUGCUUAUGUAUCACAAGUUCCUUGGAUUAUGAAUGGAACCGUUAAGGAUAAUAUCCUUUUUGGUCAUAAGUACGAUGCGGAAUUCUAUCAACAUGUACUUAAAGCUUGUGCGUUAACUGUUGAUUUAAAGAUCUUACCCAAGGGAGAUAAGACGGAAGUCGGAGAAAAGGGGAUCUCCUUAAGUGGAGGUCAGAAGGCUCGGUUAUCAUUGGCCAGAGCCGUGUAUGCACGAGCCGAUGUUUAUUUAUUAGAUGAUCCCUUAAGUGCCGUCGAUGAACAUGUGGGUAAACAUUUAACUGAUCAUGUGUUAGGACCUAAUGGAUUAUUAAAGACCAAGUGUAGAGUGUUGGCUACUAAUUCCAUUAAAGUGUUAAGUAUUGCUGAUAAUAUUCAUCUAGUAAGUGACGGAAGAAUCAUUGAACAAGGUACGUAUGAUGAGAUCUUCAAACAGGAGACAUCCAAGAUCCGUCAAUUGAUUGAAGAGUUUGGAAAGAAGAAGGAUACGUCCAGUUCAUCCUCUUCGACUAAGGAAGAUGGAGAAGGAGAAGAAGAAGUUAAGGACGAUGUGGAUGUGGACUUGGCCAAUUUGGAUUCUGAUUCUGAUUAUGAAGUCGGCUCUUUAAGAAGAGCAUCCGAUGCUUCGCUUAUCCCCGACGAAGAACGUGAUGUAGCCAAUGAACCAGAAGAAGUCGAAGAUGAAGAAUCUAAAGCUCGUAAGGAACAUCUUGAACAGGGGAAAGUCAAAUGGGCCGUGUAUAAGGAAUAUGCCGAUGCCUGUAACCCUCUCAAUGUGGUUAUCUUUUUGGUUACUGCCGUAGUGUCCUUCAGUAUUAAUGUCGGCUCCAAUGUCUGGUUAAAACAUUGGUCGGAAGUCAAUACUGAAUAUGGUUAUAAUCCCGAUAUUGCCAAGUACUUGGGAAUCUAUUUCUUAUUGGGAGUAGGAUUCUCGGCCUCUUCGUUAAUUCAGAAUUGUUUCUUAUGGAUCUUCUGUACUAUUGAAGGAUCCAAGAAGUUACAUAAUCAAAUGGCUGUUAGUGUCUUGCGAGCUCCAAUGUCAUUCUUUGAAACUACCCCCAUUGGAAGAAUCUUAAAUCGUUUCUCUAAUGAUGUGUAUAAGAUUGAUGAAGUGUUAGGACGGGUGUUCUCUAUGUUCUUCAAUAAUUCCAUUAAGGUGUUACUUACCAUUGGAGUCAUUUGUUUCUCGACUUGGCAAUUCAUCUUUAUUGUGGGACCCAUUGGAAUUCUUUAUGUGUACUAUCAACAGUACUAUUUAAAGACUUCUCGAGAAUUAAGACGGUUGGAUUCAGUGUCCAGAUCUCCUAUCUUUGCCAAUUUCCAAGAAUCACUUAUUGGAGUGUCUAUCAUUAGAGCUUAUGGACAAGAAGAUCGUUUCAAGUUUUUAAAUGAGACAAGAGUUGAUAGAAAUAUGGCCGCUUAUCAUCCUGCUAUUAAUGCCAAUAGAUGGUUAGCAGUUAGAUUAGAAUUCUUAGGAUCUAUCAUUAUUUUAGGAGCCGCUGGAUUAUCAAUUUUAACUUUACAAUCAGGUAAAUUAACAGCUGGUUUAGUAGGGUUAUCAGUCUCGUAUGCUUUACAAAUCACUCAAUCAUUAAAUUGGAUUGUAAGAAUGACAGUUGAAGUAGAAACCAAUAUUGUUUCAGUCGAAAGAAUUAUGGAAUACUCUCGUUUAGUUCUGGAAGCUCCGGAGAUUAUUGAAAGUAAUAGACCAUCUAAGGAAUGGCCAGCUAAUGGAGAGAUUGUAUUUAAGAAUUAUUCCACCAAGUAUAGACCGGAAUUAGAUUUAGUAUUAAAGGAUAUUAAUUUAAAUAUUAAACCUCGAGAAAAGAUUGGAAUUGUUGGAAGAACUGGAGCUGGUAAGUCUUCAAUUACUUUAUCAUUAUUUAGAAUUAUUGAAGCAUUUAGUGGAGAAAUCGAUAUUGAUUCUGUUCAAACCAGUAGUAUUGGAUUGGCCGAUUUAAGACAUAAAUUAUCGAUUAUUCCUCAAGAUUCUCAAGUAUUUGAAGGGACUAUUAGAUCUAAUUUAGAUCCAACCAAUGAGUAUAAUGAUGAACAAAUAUGGAAAGCUCUUGAAUUAUCUCAUUUAAAGGAUCAUGUCCAUAAGAUGUAUGAUGAAAGAGAUAAAUCCAUUGAUAUUGAAACUCCUUUGGAUGUUAAGGUCAGUGAAGGAGGUCUGAACUUAUCGAUUGGUCAAAGACAAUUAAUGUGUCUUGGUAGAGUGUUGUUAAAGAUGACUACAUCCAAUAUCUUAGUGCUUGAUGAAGCUACUGCAGCAGUAGAUGUAGAGACUGAUCAAAUCCUUCAACAAACCAUUAGAAGUGAAUUUAAGGAUAAGACCAUUAUUACCAUUGCUCAUAGAUUAAAUACUAUUUUAGAUUCUGAUCGAAUCAUUGUAUUGGAAAAGGGUCAAGUGGCUGAGUUUGAUAGUCCUGAGAACUUAUUGAAGAAUAAGGAGUCGUUGUUUUAUUCCUUGUGUAAACAAGGAGGAUUCGUUAAUGAGUAGGUGGAUGUAUUAGAAUAGUCAUAGUAAUAUUAUUAGUAUUUAGAAUAGUAAACAAUAAAAGAAUAUUCAUAAAGUCUAGUGUUUCUAAGUGUACAUGAGUCUUAGAGUCUGUAAGAGUAGAUGUGUGCUUAGGUUUCUUAAGUGUC